UGCUGGACAUUUUUGGAUACGAUACGGUUCAAACUUCACGAAAUAUCCGGGAUUGCUAAAUUAGGCAUAUCUAGAUGCAUCCUAUUUUAUAAACUCAAGACUGCCAGAAAGCAUUUCUGUCGCUUUUUAACACGUAUUUUGGUGGAUAUACCGACCUUCAUCAUGGGCGACACUAAUCUGAACGUCUCUAAUGUGAAGGUGGCGGUUCGGGUUCGGCCCAUGAACCGGAGAGAAAAGGACCUGAACACGAAAUGUGUUGUGGAAAUGGAGGGGAAUCAAACUUUUCUUUACCCGGCAAACCUGGCAAAAGAUUCCAGCAGGGGUCAGCCAAAGGUAUUUGCCUACGAUCACUGUUUUUGGACCAUGGAUGAGUCAGAAACCAAGAAGUUUGCUGGUCAGGAUGUAGUGUUUCAGUGCCUUGGGGAGAGUCUUUUGCACAACGCUUUUCAGGGUUACAACGCCUGUAUUUUUGCAUAUGGGCAGACUGGCUCUGGGAAGUCGUACACCAUGAUGGGUUCGGUGGACCAGCCCGGUCUGAUUCCCCGCCUCUGUAGCUCCCUAUUUGAUCGGACCAUACAACAUCAACGGGAGGAGGAGAGCUUCACUGUGGAAGUCUCUUAUAUGGAAAUCUACAAUGAGAAAGUCCGGGACCUGCUGGACCCCAAAGGGAGUCGGCAGGCCUUGAGAGUGAGGGAGCAUAAUGUUUUGGGACCUUAUGUAGAUGGACUGUCCAGGCUUGCAGUAGAAAGUUACAAGGACAUUGAGUCCUUGAUGUCUGAGGGGAAUAAAUCCCGCACCGUUGCCGCCACCAAUAUGAAUGAAGAAAGCAGUCGCUCCCAUGCGGUUUUCAAAAUCAUCCUCACGCACACACUGAAGGACCUGCAGUCAGGGACAAGUGGGGAAAAGGUUAGUAAGUUGAGUUUGGUGGACCUGGCAGGAAGUGAGCGAGCUGCUAAGACUGGCGCUGCAGGCGAGCGGCUCAAGGAAGGCAGUAACAUCAACAAAUCUUUAACCACUCUGGGCUUGGUGAUCUCAGCGUUGGCAGACCAGGGUGCUGGAAAGAACAAGAACAAGUUUGUGCCCUACAGAGAUUCAGUGCUCACAUGGCUGCUCAAGGACAGUUUAGGCGGAAACAGUCGGACCGCCAUGGUUGCCACUGUGAGCCCGGCGGCAGAUAACUACGAUGAGACGCUGUCCACGUUGCGCUAUGCAGACCGAGCAAAGAGCAUAGUCAACCAUGCCGUCGUCAAUGAAGACCCCAAUGCAAGAAUUAUCAGAGAACUCCGGGAGGAAGUGGAGAAACUGCGAGAUCAGCUGACGCAGGCUGAGUCUAUGAAGGCGCCUGAGCUGAAGGAGAGGUUAGAGGAGUCUGAAAAAUUGAUCCAGGAGAUGACGGUCACCUGGGAACAGAAAUUGAGGAAGACUGAGGAAAUUGCACAAGGGAGGCAGAAACAGUUGGAGAGUCUUGGCAUCUCUCUGCAGUCAUCUGGCAUCAGGGUUGGUGAAGAUAAGUGCUUCCUGGUCAACCUCAACGCUGACCCUGCUCUCAAUGAACUGUUGGUCUAUUACCUGAAGGAACACACUAAGGUUGGAUCUGCAGAUUCUCAGGACAUCCAGCUUUGUGGGAUGGGCAUCCAGGCAGAGCAUUGUGUAAUUAACAUCACUCCUGAGGGAGCUGUAUUUCUUAACCCUUACAGAAACUCAAGAACUUGUGUUAAUGGAUCUCCAGUCACAAGUAGGCAACAGCUUCACCAUGGUGAUCGUGUUUUAUGGGGAAACAAUCACUUUUUCAGGAUCAACCUCCCAAAGCGGCGCUUGCGGGGUGAGGAAGAGGAGGGUGAGGGAGGGAACAUGAAGAAUAGUAACAGCAGCGAGCAGCUGGAUGGAGAGGGAGACACAGCCAGUGAGGUGUCUAGUGAGGUCAGCUUCAGCUAUGAGUUUGCUCAGACUGAAGUCAUGAUGAAGGCUCUAGGGAACAAUGACCCCAUGCAAGCUGUACUUCAGUCUCUGGAGCGGCAGCAUGAGGAGGAGAAGAAGACUGCUCUGGAGCGCCAGCGGCUCAUGUACGAGCAGGAACUGCAGCAGCUGCGUAGACAGCUCACCCCAGAUAGACAGAGCAUGCAGAUACCGCAGUCACAGCCCCUGCAGCCACACUACCGCAGCAUGGAGAGACUGAGCCAGGGAGGGAUGUCUUCAUCACCCAGUGCCCAGCAUCGCCUGCGCCAGUGGAGCGAGGAGAGAGAGGCAGUGUUGACACGGAGUUUCAGGAAGCUGAAGGAGCAGAUUGUGAGGGCUAAUAUGAUAGUGCAGGAGGCGAGUUUCAUUGCUGAAGAGCUGGACAAGAGGACAGAGUACAGAGUUACCCUGCAGAUACCUGCUGCAAACCUCAACGCCAACAGAAAGCGAGAUGCUGUAUUGAGCGAACCUGCCAUUCAAGUGAGGAGGAAAGGCAAAGGGAAGCAGAUCUGGGCCCUUGAGAAGAUGGAAAACCGGCUUGUGGACAUGAGAGAGCUUUAUCAGGAGUGGAAGGACUGUGACGAGGAUAACCCUGUGAUGCGGUCAUACUUCAAGAGAGCAGACCCUUUCUUCGAUGAACAAGUGAACCACAGUUUGAUCGGCGUGGCCAACGUUUUCCUCUCCUGCCUCUUCUACGACGUAAAACUGCAAUACGCCAUUCCCAUAAUCAAUCAGAAAGGAGAGGUUGCCGGGAGACUGCAUGUGGAGGUGAUGAGAGUGGGUGGGGGGUUUGAUGACAGCAUAGCUGGAGGAGACGACGGAGAUGGAAGCCCAGAGGGUGAAGUGCAGGAACGCAAGCUGGUCUGUAUGAUUAAGAUCUUACAGGCUACAGGUCUCCCGCAGUACCUGUCCAAUUUUGUCUUCUGUCAGUACUCAUUCUGGGAUCAGCCAGAGCCCAUCAUUGUCGCCCCAGAAGUGGAUCCCUCAGCCUCCUCCUCCAGCAGCAAAGACCCUCUCUGCAUGGUGGUGUUUGACAGCUGUAAGGAGUAUGCUGUGACUGUGACAGAGGAGUUUAUCGAGUACCUGACAGAAGGAGCAAUGGCCAUCGAGGUGUACGGACACAGGCAGGCUGAUCCUGGCAGGAACCCUGCGCUGUGGGAUCUCAGCAUCAUCCAGGCCAAAACACGCACAUUACGUGAUAGGUGGAGUGAGGUCACACGUAAGCUGGAAAUGUGGGUGCAGAUUCUGGAGCUGAAUGAGAAUGGAGAGUACAUGUCUGUUGAAGUUGUACCGGCGCGAGAUGUUCGAACGGGAGGCAUCUUCCAACUUAAACAGGGCCAGUCCCGGCGGGUGCAGGUAGAGGUGCGUUCUGUGCAGGACUCUGGCACGAUGCCUUUGAUUUCAGAGAUCAUUCUUGGAGUGUCCAUCGGCUGUGUGGAGAUCAGACAGGCGCAGAUGACCAAAGCCAAUGACCCACAAGAGCCUGAGGGUGAUGAAAUGGAUAGUUAUCAGGAGCGAGAUUUGGAGCGUCUGAGGCAUCAGUGGCUCACUGCUCUCACUAAAAGACAAGAGUAUCUGGACCAGCAUCUUCAGACCUUGGUCAGCAAAGCAGAUAAGUCAGAGGAUGACGUGGAGAGGGAGGCACAGCUGCUUGAGGGGCGUCUGACGCUCACAGAGGAGAGAAAUGCAGUGAUGGUGCCCUCUGCUGGCAGUGGAAUACCAGGAGCUCCUGCUGAGUGGGUACCAGUGCCUGGGAUGGAAACUCACAUUCCUGUGCUCUUCCUCGACCUGAGCGCCGAUGACUUCAGCUCUCAGGAUAACCUGGACGUUCCAGAGGCAGGCGGCUGGGAUGCCACUCUUAGCGCAGAGGAUGAGGAUGAAUUUUUUGACCUUCAGAUUGUCAAACACUAUGAUGGAGAGGUGAAAGCCGAAGCCUCUUGGGACUCCACCGUUCAUGAGUGCCCGCAGCUGAGUCGAGGUGCCUCCCCAGAUCAGAGGGUAUACCUGAUCAUCCGCACAGUGGUGCAGCUCAGCCACCCUGCAGAGAUGCAGCUAGUCCUGCGCAAACGCAUCUGUGUGAACCUCAGUGGACGUCAGGGAUUUGCUCAAAACUUCCUGAGGAGAAUGUCUACCAGGAGCACCAUACCUGGCUGUGGUGUGACCUUUGAGGUGGUCUCCAAUAUCGCAGGGGACAGUCAGAGUUCAGAGGACAGAGAGAUGUUGGCUCGUGUGGCUGCCAGUGCAGAGAACCCCAAAUCCUCGGACAAUGAAGCUGCUAUAGAGAAGUACCUGCGGAGCGUCUUGGCUGUGGAGAACAUCCUCACGCUGGAUCGACUGAGACAGGAGGUAGCAGUGAAGGAGCAUUUGGCAGGUAAAGGCAAAGGCAGCAGACGCAGUCUCAGCUCUCCCAGUGUGCACCGUUUAACUGGAAGCAGACAGGAUCUGUCUCUAAACUCUGUACUGGAUGACAACAAGAAUCAAUGGGAAAGUCAGCAAGAUAUCUUCAUGACGUCCUCCCAGUUCAGCAAAACACUGCCACGACCAUCCAGACCUCCCACACCUCCUAUGCCGAGUCAGAAUCAAGACGCUGAGCAAGUCAAGGCCCUGGUGCCUCAGAUGCCUAAACUGCUCAAGUCCCUAUUCCCAGUGCGCGAGGACAAGAAAGAUCUGAGAGUCUCUCCACACUCCCAACAGCAUAUGCCACGAAUAAUGAUGCAAAUAGCCAACAGCCCUGAAGAAGGAAGAGUUACAGUAGUAGGGAAGAGUCCUGCUUCAGACAGACACCAAGAUGGCCCUGAUGCCCAAUCCUCUAUGCAUGAUCCGCAUGACCUGCCCCUGAGCCCAAUCAGUGAGGCCUCCAGUGGCUAUUUCUCUACUAGCGUCUCCACUGCCACCCUUUCUGAUGUCUAUAUUGCUUGCGGGGACCUUACCCCUACCCCCAAUACUCAAAUGGGCACUAUAGCAUCCAGACAAAGAGGUGACGACAAUGAAGAACAUCUACCAACCCCUGUUAAUGCUUCUGUUGCUCAUGUAGAAGCUGGGCUAAAACACGACCCUGUUGAGGAUCUUCUAAGCCUUAAAGAUACCCAGGCAGCGCACAGGAAUGGUGUCACCACCUCAAAGCAAGAAGCACAGCUAAAUACAACCCCUCCCCAAGUGUUAAGUACAACCACGGACAACCCUUUCUCCUUCCAGAAGUUCAAAACCAGUGAACUCAGGUCUUUCACUAGCAUUCUUGGUCAGAAACAAGGAGACAGUGGAGGAAAUGUGACCACAACCCAAGGUCCACAAACGAACAGCCUGGAAAAGCUCGAGAUAACAUCUGAUGAGGAUUUGGAACCUAAGGAACUGGCUUGGCUCAAGGUAGGAGGAAGAGUAAUCGUGGGAACAAGCAAGUCUGGUACUGUCCGCUACAUCGGCCCGACACACUUCUCAGAAGGCAUCUGGGUCGGGGUGGAAUUAGACACUCCGUCAGGUAAAAAUGAUGGUUCCAUUGAGGGCCACCAAUACUUCCGUUGCAACCCUAGUUAUGGAGUGCUAGUACGUCCAGAUCGGUUGAGUCGACGGGAAGCUUCCAAAAGGCAUGCCGAAAAUCGCCGCAGUGGGGAAUUCACUCAACAACUUCGGGGAGGUGCUAGCACUGCCAUUCAGAAAGGGGAGAAUCGCAAAUCUUGGACCAGCUAAUUGACAAUGAUUUGACCUGGAUACAACUACAAUGUUAGUUGAGCUUCAACUCCAGAAUCUUCAUCUAAUGGAGGAGUUGACCUCAAUUCAUCACUGUGCUUGGGCUAAUCUUUUUUCUGAUACCCAACUUUGCAUGGAAGUGGUACAACAUUCCAUUACGCACCCCUCUAUGGCUUUACAUAUUUUAUGUGCUAUGUGUAGCAUACGGGAGGGGUAUGACUGUUAUACAUUUUAUGCCAUAUCAGGGGUCAUCUUGAGAUGAUCGUAUAUAGUCAUUCAGAGUGAAUGAGGCUCCCUCUUCUUUGGGGUCAACCCAUCAUUCUUGUUGUGCCCUAGUUUUAACAAGAGUCCAUUUUUGGACUGUUAUUUUAAAUUAUGCUUGAUUAUGCUCUUCUCUGCUUAGUCGGUUAUCAAUUUUAAGUUUCCUGAAUGUGCCUUUUGAGCCAACUCGUUUUGUCAUUCCCCCCAUCGGUCCUUCGUAACUCUAGCAAGAAUGUAGUGAUGAAGGUUAUGUUCUGUGUGUAAGAGAUUAUCUCAGGGAUCAGAAAAAGUUACGUGUUAGAUGUCCAGGGGGGUUUUCAGCUCAAAGCCACUAUUGAGGGGGUAUGCAUGUACUUAAGUGCAUCCUUCUGGUUUUAAAAAAUGGGCAUUGCCCUGAGCAGGUAAAUGCUGGUGAUGUCAGUUUGUUCAUAUUGUGAAGUGCUACUAUUACUUGGAAUGUGAUUUAGAGGACAAAAUCCACACGCCAGCAUAUUUUAUAUUAGUAUGGCAUCACUGGAACACUAUAUUCUAGAUGGAUCUGGCCAUUGGAUCCAUCAUUGUAUGGGGAGAAUUUUUAGACAUGACUGAAUUGGCACAUUCAAGGUUUAUUAACUAGUUUAAUUAAACUCCCACUUAAUGGUUCUGAUGAUGGACUGAAAAAAACUUAUUUUAGAAGGGUUUAUUUACAACACUGAAAUGCAAUCUGUUGGAUUGGGGUGCAGUUUAGUAAGCAGCCUUUUAAUUGGAAUUUUGUUAUUGCAAUUACUUCAAAACAAAGGCCAAAUUAAAAUUAUUUGUGCUGCAGUUUACCGAAAAGUAGAUCAAUUCGAUUGUUUGAUAUGUUUUGAAAGUUCUUCCAUGACAAGGUCACAGUAACAAAACAAUCCAGAUUUAAUUUUGGCUUGGGAGCUAAAGUAGUACGUGUUGAAACAAUUACUGGCAAUACGCACAUCUUAUAAUUUAUAUUAAAGUCAUUUCAUAAUAAUUUUUUUUUUUUUAGCAUACUGUAAAUCAUAAAGUGGGUGCAUUUAUAGAGUUUUUAAAAAGGAGCAUGAUUCCAAAUAAUGCUCUGAACUUCAUGGAGGAAAAAAGGCGCGUUCCAUUUUUAUAUUCUAUUUUCGUGGAAAUCCUCUUGUGAUUUCUGAAAUCUAAUGCAAUAUCAAAUUCUUAAAAUAUAUUUUAAUGGUUGUAGGUAUGUAUAUUGAUUUUAUAAAGUGUAAAAAAAACAAAUCCCAUGAAUGGAAAAUUAAUUUGCACAUUUGAUUUGUAGUAGCUUAUGUGCCCAAAGGGUACUUACAGUAAUUUUAUUGUAAAUUAACUUAAACUAACUGAUGAUCCACUGUAAAUCUUAAUUUCACUGGAUUUGGUGCUCAAAAGUCAAAAGAAUUUUGAUCUAAGAAAAGAUGCAUUUUUCCACAACCGCACAAUGAGUUUCAAGUUGCCUUUUAAUUUGUGUUAGCCUGUAGAGUGUCUAGAUGUGAGUGUUCAGAUGUAGAGUUGAGGUCUUCCCAUCUUGUAAUGUAUCUCGAUCUGUGCCUCAUUCAUCAUGGAAAAAAGAAACGCACACAUGGAGCACGACUUCACCAUUGCUGCUGUUAUUUGCAACCACAAUGGCUUCAGACUAGAAGAUAGGACUGCUGGUCAUAUUAGUGACUAUUUGUCCUAAUAAAGUUAAAGAGAUGGUUCACCCAAAAUAUUAAAAAUCUCAUCAAUUACUCACCCUCAUGCCAUCCCAGAUAUGAAUGACUUUCUUCUUUUUAGAAGAAUACUUCAGCUCUGUAGGUCCAUACAAUGGAAGUUAAGGGGUACCAAAAAUGUGAAGCUCCAAAAAAC